AAAAACUGUCUGCCCGGCGCCCCAGCAGCCUGUUUCCCCUGUGUGCGCGCUUGGCAGCUCGACCGACGCGCCGUGGCGGCCGCCGCGUGCACUGAUAAACAUCCAGUUAAACCCUAGCAUCUCCCCGCAUCGCCGCACACAGCGCCCGCUGGCACGCGCCGUCCCCCUGGAGGAUCGAGCCACCACCCCACUGGAAUGGAGGACGAGCGAGAGGAGCCGCCGCCAGCGGGGAGCGCGGCCGCCAACGCCAGCUCCACCUCCGGCGGCGGCGGCGGCGGCGGGAGCAAGGGGUCCCCGUGCGAGGAGUGCGGGGAGCAGCCGUGGAAGUACCGGUGCCCCGGGUGCGUCCGCCUCACCUGCAGCCUCCCCUGCGUGCAGGCGCACAAGCGCCGCACCGCCUGCACAGGCAAGCGCCCCCGCACGGACCCCGUCCCGCUCACCCGCUUCGACGACAACCAACUCAUCUCCGAUUACAACUUUCUGGAGGAGGUGAAGCAGGCCCACGAGUCCGCGCACAGGCUCGUCGGCGGCUUCGGCGGCAACUUUGGGGGACGGGGAUCCGGCGGCGCCAAGCUGCCCGGAUGGCUCUUGUACCUCAGCAAGGCGGCGAAACGCCGGGGCGUUAGUCUCUGCUUCCUCCCCAGGGGCAUGGCCAGGAGAGAGCAGAACCGCUCGCGCCACAACUACAGGAAGGAUUGCAUAUACUGGACACUUGAGUGGAGAUUCAAUUCAACUGAUGUUGUCCUAACCGAUCAUGAGGUAGACGAGCACACAACCUUGCUCUCUCUAUUGGAAAAACAUCUUAGUCCUGGCCCUUGGAAGGAUCAGCUUACACAAUAUCGGAAUACCGAUUUGCAUGAUCUGAAACUGUUCAUUCAAAAGUGUGCCAAGCGAUCAGAGUCACCGUACCGCCUACUCAAUAUAGAAGAACCAUUGCGCCCACAGCUGAGGGGUAUACUCGUUGUUGAGUACCCAACCAUCAAUGUCUUUCUUCCGUCGGACAAUUAUGACUUUGAAAUCGAGAAAAUGGUGAACAGUCUUCAUAAAGAUGGAAAAAACCCUGGCAGCAGAACUGACGAGCCACCUGUAGAAGGCAGCGAGUUUCAUGAGGAGGAAAUAGAGGAAGGUGAGUUCUCACCUGAGACAGAAAUUAUAGAUCUCAAGGACUGUGGAGCUUCGAAUGCCUGUAAAAUUUCUCAAGCAGAUGUUACAAGUGAAUCAAAGAUUGUUAACAAUGUUGAUUCUUUUGUGCUCUCGUACCUUGGCUGUCAAGCAUUACAUGGUCAGCCAAAAGAACUGAAUCAGUAUAGCAAGAUGUCACCAAAUGGAACCUCUGGGCCUGCAGAAACUAAGUCCCGCAUGGAAGUCUGUCCUCUGGGUAUGGAGAAGACAAGGAAAAGUAGGUUGUCCUCAGAGGGGCACAUUGUAGAUCUGAAGGGGCAUGGAACUUCAUAUCCUGGCAGCAUUGCAGAGUCAGAAGGUGCAGCUGUAUCCAAGAUAGACAUCAAGAUAACAGAUUCUUUAGUAGCAUCUUCCAUCAGCAUUGUAGCAACUGAUGGUGUGAUGGGUCCUCAGCUGGAACACAGUCAACAAAACAAACGGACGCCAAGCUCAACUCCUGAAGCGCUGAAAAGGAAAUCUUGCAUGAAAGUUUAUCCACUGGACUUUGACGAGAGGCUGUUCCCAGAGGUACCCGACUUGGCCUUUGAGCAAGAGAUGAUGGAUACCUACCCAGAUCUGUUUGAGAAUAUGGAUGUUGAUGACUUCUUAAGUUGUGAUUUUGCAAUGAUGAACAGGGUUGAGCCAGUAGAGGCAACGACUGGGUUACUGUGGGACGACUUAGAGGAAGGGGAGAUUCCAACAUUGUGAAGGUAAUCGAGGAAAAUUUUUUUUGUCGUGCUAUUCCAGGACCGUGAUGCAAUGUAAUGGUAGAGUACUCACAUGUACCUAGCUGCAACUCGAAACUAUGCAGCCUCUGUUAUUCUUUAUAAUUUAUUCAGUUUCUCUGUUGUUAUGUACCUGUCAGAGUAGCAUAGAGUGUCGGGUGUUAAGGUAGCCUGUAUCUCCUUGUUGCAGAAAUUUUGGGGUUGUAACUUUGUAUAUCCCUUGUGUCUGAGUAAGAGAUGAUGGAUAUACCUACCGAGCUGUUUGGGGAUAUUUAUGUUGACUUCUUAAGCUGCGAGUUUACAAUGUUGGAAUCUCGCCUCCAAGUCAUCCCACAGUAACCAGACAUUGCUUGUACCCAGAGCUGUUUGGAGAUAUUUAUGUUGAAGAUUUCUUAAGCUGCUAUGUUUGGAUUACUGUGCGACGUCUUGAAGGAGAGAUUCCAACAUUGUGGAGGAAGAAUAUGAUACUUUUGGAAUUUAUGCUGAAA